GAUAAAAAGGGAUCGAUCUUUACAGUGCACAUACAAAUUUCAAACGUCAAAAAAUAAUCAGAAAUGUCGAGUGUGCGCGCGCGUGGGCGUGUCUUGGUUUUGCGUCGGCAGCGGACCGGAAGUCAGCACCAAGAUGGCGGACGGCGUCCACAGCGGUCGCCACGGAAACGAGACGCAAACAUUCCAUCCAGGCAGGAACGCGGAGACGAGGUAAGCGGAAGAGGAAGAUGCCCAGGAAGGCGAAGAAAGGAGGCCAGGUGUCGGGGGAGGAGCUACCCCUUGGACGUCAUCCAGACACACUCCAACAAGAGGAAGUCAACAGGAAGAGGGAGGAGCUUCUCGCACGCUUCCUCGAGGUCAAAGUCCAGCGGGAGGAGCGGAACUCGCGCGUCAAUCGGACGAAGCUCAACCACGCCUGGCGCGUCAUCCUCCGCCAGGCGCUCUCGGAACAGCUGCGCGAUGACAUCGUCGUCUUGAGACGGAGCUUCGAGCGACAGCUGGACGGACUGGAUGAUGUCAUCCAGAGAUUGUCACGCGACCUGGAGGAGGCGGAGCGUCAGUGUUGCCGCGUAAGUCGCCUUCACCUGCAUCAGGCCGAGCGUUUGCGGACUUUGCUGGAUGAGCGCGUGACUUUUGUGCGGCGGCGCUGGGAGCAAAGUUUGCAAGAGGUCGGCCGAGGCUUCGCGGAAGAGAGAGAGAAGAUGGCGGCGAAGUCCCAGGAUCAGCGCCGGGACUUGGAGGAGGCAGCGUCCACGAUGCGGCGGCGCCACAACGACGUCAUGCGCGAAGUCCACGCCGCGUACGGCGACGUCAUCGCGGCCCUCCGCGACGCUCAGCGGGAGCGGGUGGCGGCGCUGCGCGGCGCCGACGAGGCCAACCGGGAAGAGAAACUGCGCCAGAGGCGGGAAGCGGAACCGGAAACGAAACAGGAAGUGGAGCAGGGGCGCCACCCGGGCCGACUUCUGAUGUCCAGAAACCAAAAACUGAUCAAUGACACCGGCGAGGAUGUGAGGAGAGUGCGCAGGCUGCAGGCCUCCGUCGCUGACCUGCGCGCGAAGCUGAGCGCUUUCCAGGCGGAAACGGGGGCCGAGGCCGACAUCUUGACCAAGGCCGGCGUGGAUGUCGCGGCGAAGACGCGCCGCCUCGGCCACCACCUGACCGGAGCUCGCCAGGCGUCCAGGAAACGCCUGGCCGCGCUGGCGCUGCGGACGGAUUCGGCCACGCGCAAGCUGAAGGCGGUCGUCGCCAAGGGCGAGAACGUUUUGCGCGCCGCUUCUUUGUGCGGCAAGCUCGAGCAAGCCACGACUUCUUGGCCGCACGGUGAGGACGACGAGCGGCCGGGAGCAUCGCCGCCGAGCAAGACGCUCCCCGACGUCCAUCGGCUGAUUUACCGCCUCAACUGGGCUCUGCUGCGGCAAGACGCGCUGGCCCAACGCGAGGACGAGUUGCGCCGCGACAACCAUCGGCUCAGACUUCUGCUACGCCGCCGCCUGGAAGGCGCGGCGUUCGGAGGAGUCCCCGCCCUCCUCGCCGUCAAGGCCGCGCCCACCGCAGACGGCCCCGCCCUCGCAACGACGCCCCACAACAUCAUCGAGGCCGGCGUCGUCUUCGGGAACUCGCUUUCGUAACGGGCGGGCGCGAGGCGGGUUUGGCCGCACGGUCCUCUCAAUGAAACCGAACGCCGAUUGGAAGACUAGAAAAAAUACUUUUAUUGUGGUCGUCAUGCAGGACACCGACAGGAAGUAGUAACACGUCACGUGGUCAACGUCAGCUGCUUGGCGCACCAUCAAUCCCUUAAGUUAAAAAAACAAAACCAAAAAAAAAAAAAAAAAAACAAGCCAAUCGGGAGGCGGCGCGCGGCGGGCUCCGGGAGGCCUCUGAUGGGACGCUCCCUCCCGCCUCGUGAGAAAGCGUGCUCGUGGCGGCAGUGAGCGACGUGCCGCGGCUCAAUGCUACGUGGUCUACCUAGCAACCAAGGGGG